CAGCUAGAGAGCGAGCCCGAGUGACGUCAUCGGCUAGCCCCGCCCCGGCGGAAAAAUCGGCAAUGGCAGCGUGGCUCCGCGGGUUCUUCCUUUUCCUGCUUCCCUUGGCCCUGGCAGACACACAGCUGCCAUGUGAGGGCUACGAGGUAGUCGAGGGCUUUGGCUUGGAGAAUGUGGAGGCUCCUGCUGCGUUUGGAGUGAAGGUUGUGGAGGUGGUGGAGAAUGUGGAGUCUGACAAGGCGUGCUGGGAGCGGUGCUGCGGGGCAACGAGCUGUGACCUGGCCCAGCUAUCCAAAGGCAAAUGUCAUCUUGUCCGCUGCAACGUCAAAGGCUUCAACAUGUGCAAUUUGACCGCCCAGGAGGAUACCAGGUCCUACCGGAAAGUAGAUGCGGGGGUUCAGCCUAGACAAGAAGAUUUCUGCCUCACAAAAGGUGAAACCGGACCAUGUCGAGCAUAUUUCGUAAAAUGGUGGUAUGAUGCAGAGACUGAAUCCUGUCAAAACUUUACUUACGGAGGCUGCCCAGUGAACCUGAACAACCACGAAGCAGAGGAUGAGUGUAUGGAGAAAUGCCGUGGUGUAAAAGUGACAAAGGCUGAAACCAACCCUGCUCCUGAACGCUUGGUGGCCGACAUUUCUCUUCCAGAAAUGUGCUCAGGCUCUUUUGUAACUGGAAAUUGCCGAGCUGCUUUCCCCCGAUGGUACUUUGACUCCCAGUUGAAGUCUUGCCGCAAAUUUAUCUAUGGUGGUUGCGGAGCCAGUAAGAACAACCACGUGUCUGAAGAGGAGUGUAUUAACAAUUGCGUUGCUCCGAAGCCAGAACCUGCUCCUGUCCAGUCCCCCAAAGUCGGAAACUUCAAAGAUUACUGUGCUGCAGCUCCUUCCACUGGCAGUUGCCGGGCUUCCUUCAGGAGAUUCUUCUAUGACCCCACUGCAAUGGCUUGUAAAACAUUUGUGUAUGGUGGCUGCAAGCCCAACAAGAACAACUACCUCACAGAGGAUGACUGCUUGAAGAUGUGUCAAGGCCGAUCAGAAGAGGAUGACGGCAACGUAGAUCAUCAUGUCAUUCAUCGCCCACUAACAGCUGUGGUACUGCCCAUCCUUCUUGCAGUAAUGGCCGCCUCCUUGUUGGGUGUCAUGAUCGUGUUCUUUGUGAAGAUGGCCAAGAAGAAUCAGCAGAGCUCUGACUUCCGAGCCAUGUGGAACCCCAUUGAUGACAAAGAAUGUCUGAUGAACAAUGCCUACAGCCUGUAGAGGACGCCAUUCCGAACAGUUGUAACACUCCAUGUA